GCGACGCUGCGGAUCGACUCCAGUAUUUGUGCGCGAGCGCCUCGCCUCCAUUCAUCUGCGUAUGGCUGGAGUAAGACAUGCGCAGUGCGGAGGAAUAAAAAGAACGGAAUUCAAAGUUUCUGACGAAUCAACAAGAGAUGUUUGGGUUUCAUAAAUCCAAGAUUUAUCGCAGUCAUGAGGGCUGCUGUAUCUGCAAAACCAAGUCUUCCAGCUCCAGGUUUACAGAUAGCAGCAGAUACGAGGAAAACUUCAGACUCUGCUUUGGUUUAUCUGAGGAGAGAGUUGGAGAUAUCUGCAACGCCUGUGUUCUGCUGGUGAAAAGAUGGAAAAAGUUACCUCUUGGAUCCAAGAAGAACUGGAAUCAUGUUGUGGAUGCAAGAGCUGGGCCUGGAUUCAAGCUGACAAAACCCAAAAAAGUGAAAAAUAUUGAUGGGAAGAAGAAAAGCAAACUGAAGAAGCUGCAUAAAUUUAAACGACAAAAUUCUGAUGCCCACAGCACUACAUCCAGCAUGUCCCCCUCUCAGUCUCCCAGCCACAGUAACCAAUCUGAUGAGGGGUCAGACAUCGAGACCAAGCAGAGGCGUCCAACACCUGCUGGCUUCUCCUUCCUCGAUCUGUCCUACUGGAAAAGGCAGAAAGUGUGCUGUGGGAUCAUCUACAAAGGGCGAUUCGGCGAGGUCAUUAUCGAUCCUCGCCUUUUCAAGCCCUGCUGCAGCACCAAGGAGCGAGCAGCGCUGGCGCCCGCCUCGGCCUCUCCGACCUCGGAAACGCUGCCCUCCCCUCCUCUGCCGGAGGUCUUAAAGGAGACUCGGUGACCAAUUCUCUGCACCUGCUCCAGUGUCUCAUUGAGGCUCCCUACCUUUGUCUCCAGUGGCAGACUCGAAUAUGAUCAUUCCCAUGUUAGUUCACUGUGUAUGAAUGCUGUUUAAUAUUUUCCCUGCUUUUUUUAUGUUUGUUUCCUAAACUUUUGAGAAUUGUUUUUUUUUUUAUUUUAUUUUAUUUUUUUUUUUUUUUAAGAAAAUGAAAGGGAGCAAAAAAAAAAAAAAACAAGUAUGGGCAUUAUUAGUAAAUAUUCAUAGGAUCAAAAUCGGGUUAAAACGGCUUAAGGCACGUAAUACAGGUAUUUUUAUUUUAUUUUUUAUACUUAUGCUUUUUUCAGCACUGUAAAGUAUCUUCAAUGUUGAAUUCUUCUGUAGUGUUUUUUGUAAAUAUCUUUGUUUUCAAUACCAGUGCACCAAAAGCCUCCUCUCUGGCUCCUAGUUUCCUAUGUGUAAAUUUGAGUUAUUAUAAAUGUUCAUGAAAUGCCAUAUUCAUCGUUGUCAAACAGGACUGUGUAUUAAUGAAAUGAGAUGAAAUUAAAUGGUUCGAAUCUUUAAGCAAUUUUUCAAACCGUGCCUAUCAGAUCCGACCUGAUCUGAACGCGUCGGGUUCUACAGUGAACGGGUUCAUGAAUAUUCACAAUGUGAAUCAGCUCUUUUUUGUUCAUUACGUACACAUGCAUCGUUCGACUCCAUAAUACUGUUUUAAUAAGAGACGCCAAGGGGCUAAUGCACUUUUUAAGUGUUCGUUCUUGGAUAAAUGCUACAGUUCUGCAAUUUUUAAACUUUUAAAGCUUUUUAAACAUAAACCGUUCACCAAUAUUUAGCAAUUCUAUCAAGAAAUACAAAUACAUACUUUAAUAUUGCUGUUUUAAAAUUCUAUUUAUGAAAGUAUUCUAAAUAAGCAUGUUUUCAGUGUGUAAUCUCGGGUUAGAGUUGCUCAACAGUAAGAAUGCUGGUGUGCCUAUUACUACUGUAGGUUUCUUUGUUUUUAUUAUGGUUUAUUUGGUUGGUUUAAUUGUGGCCACCAGCAGUUGUUUCACUACAGAUUUUUAGCAACGCUUCUGUGGCUAAAUGUUGCUGUAUUUCAGCAUCUGCUUAUGCUGUGUUUCUCAUGUGGUGCAAAUGUGUAUUUAUGUACAAACAGUCAUCCAAACUUCAAUUGUCUAACCUCUUUUAGCAUUGUGCUCCACACUAGCUUUUUGUAUGUUAUUAUUAACACAAGGUGAGGAGAGGUCGGACACUUGUCACAUUUUUAUUAACAUGUUCCUGUCUGAAAAAGUGUUGUUCAGGUAACUUAUCAUUCAGCAGUGAUGGUACAAUGACACCACCUUCAGAUGACUGUGUUUAAAGAGGCAUUUCAUUUGUACGGCCGUGUUUAGUCUCUCAUUGUAUUGUUUCUGAAUGAAUGUUUGAUCUCACCAGCAAUACUGAGUCAGUACUGAGCUAACCAAACUAAACUCUGGAUUCCAGAUCACAUGAAAGCUAAUAUUACACGAUGUCAGAAAGGUUCAGGGAAAUAUUUACUUGGUACAUUUUCAUUCAAUGUUAAUGUGCCUUAUGAGAGAUUUAACUGAUAUCGAAACAUGAAUUUGUCUUUUUUAAUUUAUGCUAUUUAUUAUUCAAUACUGUCUGUACAAUUGAUGCUGUAAAGAGGUUUUUGUGCACUUUUUAUACUUUUAUAAUGUUUUUGAUAUUUUGUAUCUUAAUUUUCAUCACAUUUGUAUUUUAAUAAAAUUUUGUUUGUAAA